AUGGAGAGCAAACGCUGCUUCGCCAACCGCUUCGAUGACUACCAGGGCAGUUUGCUAGCUGGCCAGUGCAAGGAGGCGGUAGCGCCCUUGGUCACCGCCACCAUCGAUCGCAUUCUGAAGGAGCUGCCUCAGCUUGGGAGCAGCGGGGAGUCUAAGGGGGCUGCGGCCAGGGAGAGCUGCUGCCAAGGGGGUCUGUACAGCGGCGUGGCCGGGGUGGCCUACAUGCUGUACCACGUCUCCCAGUGCCCUCUUUUCGCCCCGUCCCGGGAGAGGUAUCUCCGUGUGGCCAAGCGGCUCAUCGACGCCUGCACUCGAGCGGAGGAGUGGGGGGAGCCGGACGCGGAUACUCGCGCUGCCUUCUUGCUUGGGGGAGCCGGUGUCUACGCGGUGGCAGCUUUAGUUUACCACGCCCUGGGCCGGCCUGACUAUGUGCAACCACUGGGCAAGUUCCGGGAGCUGUGUGCCAUCUGCGCCCCGGUCUCGUUCCUGGAGUGCGGCUCCGACGAGCUGUUCGUGGGCCGCGCGGGCUACCUGUGCGCCGCCCUGGUGCUCAAGCAGAAACUCUCUCUGGAGGUGUUGACCCCGGCACAGAUCAAAUCGAUUUGCCAGGCAAUCCUGGAAUCAGGGAAGCAGUAUGCAGCAAAAAAGAGAAAACCAUUUCCUUUAAUGUAUUCUUAUUAUGGAACUGAAUACUUGGGUGCCGCUCAUGGUCUGUCUUCCAUUCUCCAGAUGCUGCUCUCUUACCACGAGCACCUCCAACCUGCUGAUCGGGAGUUGGUCUGGCAGAGUGUUAACUUCCUCAUGGAGCAGGAACAAAAUUGCAACUGGCCACCUGAGCUAGGAGAAAUGAUUGAGAGGGAAAAUGAGCUGGUCCACUGGUGUCACGGAGCUCCAGGAAUUGCCUAUCUGUUUGCCAAAGCAUACCUGAUUUCCAAGAAACCUCAGUAUCUGGACACUUGUAUCCGGUGUGGGGAGCUCACGUGGCGAAAGGGCCUGUUGAAGAAAGGACCUGGGAUCUGCCAUGGUGUGGCUGGCAGUGCCUACGUAUUCCUCCUGUUAUACAGGCUGACUGGAAACUCCAAAUAUAUCUACAGAGCGCAAAGGUUUGCAGAGUUCUUGUUUACAGAAGAAUUCAAAGCUGGUUCCCGGGUACUGGAGAGUAUUUACAGUCUGUAUGAAGGCUUUUCCGGAACUGUGUGCUUCCUGAUUGACUUGCUGCAACCUGGCCAGGCUGAAUUCCCUCUCUUCAGCGUCUUUGUUUAG